AUGACACAGACUUACACUCGGCGAGCACUAUUCAAGGCGGUGUUGAAUGGCUGUCCUACCUUCCUAGGCCGUGUCGAUGCGAACAUUCGAGAAGAAGUGAUUCAAGAUCUUACGGAGACUCCAAAGACAAAAUGGUCUAAGGAGACCAGCCUACAGCGCGAUACUUAUGAAAUCUGGCUCAAUUAUCUGAAUUUCGAGCUGGAUCAACGUUAUGGACAAUUCUAUGAUUAUCAUUUCAUCUCCAAUUGCAGCCCAACUCUGCCUACAGUCGUCGAAACCACCACACUACUCAAGAUCUGUGGUAAGAAUUACACCUCAAAUCAGCGCGUCAAAGGUAAGGGUAAUAGCGCAAUCGAGUAUUGCAUUCAGGGGCAGCGUCGUUUUGGAUACAUAAAAUAUGCGUUUCGAUCAAAGGUAGUCCCAACGGUGUUUUUAGCGGUCGACCAAUUCACCCAGCUGAAUGCAAGUGAUUCAGCACGUGAUUGCUUUGUUUCUCACCCCCGCCUUCAGGCCGCCAGGGUAUACUCCAAGAUAGAACGUACUGUGGUCGUUGAUGUUCACGAUCUUAUGGGACACAUCAUUGUUUUGCCCUAUCUACCCGGUCACCUCGGUAUUGCGGAGGAGACUCUAGGUAUAGUAGGGCUGCGCAACAUAUUGGCCUCUGGAUGA